UCCGUCAGCCACGCUAAUCUGCUUUAAGGGGAGAAGCUUGCACACACAGACUCUGAUAAACAGAGGGGAAACGGGCUGCUGUCCACUGUACGGGAGCACACAGCAUCACACGGUGUUUGUGGAUACCAAGCUAGUGAUGUGAGGCUCCUGGCAUGAGUGAAUGGCCCCUUACAUAGCAGACAUGACAUCAGAGGAACCCCUGGGCCCGUGGGUGCCCAGCCCUGUCGGGGAGGUCAAGGUACUGCCUGAAGACGGGCUGGAGGAGCAACUCAACAGCUGCAACCAAGAAGUAAUGCACUAUCACACAUGUGACAUGGCCACUGAGGAAUGUGCAGCAAUCCCUGACAGUCUGUGCAGCGACGAGCCGUUUUGUAGGAUCUGCCAUGAAGGCAGGGCCUCAGGGGAGCUGCUGUCCCCCUGCGAGUGCUGCGGUAGCCUGGCCAUGGUGCACCGCACAUGCCUGGAGCACUGGCUCACCGCCUCCAACAGCAGCCACUGUGAACUCUGCCACCACCAGUUUGCACUGGAGCGCCUGCCAAAACCUCUUACUGAGUGGCUGUGCGCUCCCUCCGUGCAGCAGCAGCGGAGGACGCUGUGUGGCGAUGCGGUGUGCUUCCUGUUCAUCACGCCGCUGGCCAGCCUGUCAGGAUGGCUGUGUGUCCAGGGAGCCAUGGACCUGUACUACACCAACGCCAUGGAGGCCCUUGGGCUGCUGGUCCUCACGCUGGCCCUCUUCACCAUAUACGUCUUCUGGACCAUGGUACGCUCAGGGUCUCUGUGCGCUACCACAUGCAUCUGUUCCAGACAUGGAAGAAGACGGACCAGAGAGUGCGACUGCAGAUUCCCUUGCCCCCCCAUACCACAACGACCCAACAGACCCUGUCCAUAAACCUCCUCAGCAAAGCCCCCAACAAAGAGACUAUGGUGUAGUAGACUGCAGUCUACAUUACUGAACAUACCUCAGAUAGAAGGGAAGAGGGGACCCAAACUCAGGACAUGCCCCAAUCCCGACAUAACAGCAGAGUUAAAGCCAGGGUUGGAAGACUCCUUCAAGAGCUGCUGGAACCUUUUCGGGAACAAUUGAGUUAAAGGAGCAAAGACUAACCGAGACUCCUCGCAACCUUUGACUUGUCUUACAGCGAUAAAAUGUGACAUUGUCCCAAAAUAAGAAGAGUCAUUCUGGCAACUGUGGACAUGUUCGGUAUCUUCUAGAGUCUACAGUGACAAUCAGUAUCAUUGUUUCCUGAAGACAACGAAGCAUCCUGGACUUAUCUGACAAUCCAGUUGUUUUUCCUCCUCGUGGAAUAAGCUCAUGAAGACAAAUCUGUUGCAACUUGGCACUUCUAAUAUCUACAACGCGAGUGUGUUUAACUUAUAAUUAGAAGAACUAAAGUCCAGCUUUGUAGCUCUUCAGCUGUUCAGAUUUGAAUCAUACUAUUACAAACUUUUAAGUUAGGCUUUGCUCAUUAUUCAUGACAUAGCUGAUCGUAGCGUUUCUACGGCGUUCCAUUUACCUCAGAAGUCGGAAAUGACGUCACACCCGAGCUGACCGCAGUUACAACUAGAGAUGGUCCCAUAAUAUUUUUUGAGUAUCGGCCGAUACUUAAUACCGAUCAGAUACCAGUAUGGAUGUGAUAUGAUUUCUAUAAUUUUUUGUACAGUCUGGCUCGGGUUAAAGCUUUUGUGAAACAGGAACACAAACAAACAACGAAUGCCGUAGAAUUUUAUUUUACUCUCCAGUUUGUCAUAGCGGACAAAGAACAAAAAUUACUUCCAAGUAGAUUUUCUUGAGGUCUAAAUUACGUGGUAUCAGAUCGAUGCAUAGAGAUCCAGAGUUCCAAUACUGAUACCAGCAUUUUAGGCAGUAUCGGAGGCUUUUCCCAAUACUGGUAUCGGUACCUCUCUAGUUAAAAGUCGGAAAAAACGGGGGUAAGGGGUACUCCCGCCCGGCUAGCCAUUGUCAGCAAUACCAGUUGAUAGCAACGCACUACGUUGUACUUUGUGCAGUCAAACACCAUAGCAACAUGCCCACAAAUAGAAGCUGGACAGAACUGUGUGUACGAUUGAUUUAAUGAGACAGAAGUGCUCAAAAACUGUAUACAACCACAGCUUUUACUACUGUUAAAGCUCAGAGCAGCCAUGUUGGAUGGUGGUGGCUGUGUUGGUGAGGUUCUCCCUACUUUCCCCCCCCCCAGAGUCGAGAGCGAUGCAAUGACGUCUUUGCAGAAACAGUGUCCCUUAUAUCCACCGAUCUCAUUGUGACGUUUCAUUGGAACUACUUUCUGAAGUAGUCCCUAUGAAAAUUAGUAAUCAUUUCAUUGAUAGGAAGGUUUCCGGCCAUCAGUUUCUUAUUUUUUGGCACUCUAAAAUAAUAGUUGUGGGCUGCUCAGAGAUCUUUGUUAGUAUUCCAACUUUACCACAGCAGCCAGACGCAAAAUCAUUUUGCAAUAUUUAAGCCAUUUCCUGCAUUAACACUUAUGCAUAUGCGCAAAAUUUAUGCACAUCAAAAAGUGGAAGAAUCAAACCUGUUGCGUUUUGUGGACUACCCUGAGAAACCAGGAUACAGUUUCUAAAAAUCUGCAUGGUAAAUACCAGAGGAAAGUGAGAAAGGGUGUUUGAAAAUGUGCAAAUGACAUUUGUUGGGUAUUUGGGUGAACCAACCCUUUAACCUGUGCUGCUUCCUCCGGCUAUUCAUUUUAGUUCUUAACAGUAAGUUAAGUGUUGUGUGAGCCUUCCAGCACAGCUUCUCCUGCAAAAUUUAACUAGAAUGCUUUUGUUGUAAUAAACAGUCUUAAUACAA